AUGCACAACCAAGCCCUAAUAGCGCGGCAACAGGCUCCGUCCUGGGAAGAGCUACACCUAGCCCUUCUCCUUCGCAAGAAUCGCUCGGAGAAUUCGUAUCGCAUGGAAGUAGAUGUGAAAAUGAAAAGAGAAUUAAAGGAAGAACCAAGGGGAUACACGGUAGGACGGCCAAUCAAACAAGAAUAUAAACCUGUGGUUGAUGCUAGAAGCCGAUGUGAUUUUAUUGUGCCAAAAACCCUGGUUAUUGAGAUGAAUGGAGUGAACAUGGAUUUGUCAUGUGCUCCGGAAUAUGUUAAUAGAUAUCACAUCAAUAUCACCAAAGUUAAACGUAACAAUGAAGAGAAGGACGCGACAAGGGGACCUAAACAGGACUUGCCUUCGGCUCAACGCAAACAAGCACUCUUUGCGCUAUUCGGCCAAGUUGUUUCCGAACAUCCUGAACGUUUUGGAGAGAACAGCUAUAAGCAUGUGUACGAUCUUGGGAACACGUUCUACUCCAUUGGCUGUACAAUUACUGAGGACGAUGGCGACGUCGUUUUUGAAAUGACUCCAGAUGAAAUCAAUUGCCGGCGAAGUCGUGAAUUCCUUUCCAGAGGAUGCAAAAAACUAAUUAUCACCGUACAGUGGACAGGAAAGAUAUUCAUCAAAGGUCCAAAGCAAAAUGAGGAUGACGGCAGCCGUCGCGAAGCUGCACGAUUUUUCGAGAUCUUAACUAGUCAGUCUAUUUUCAAUGGUGAUCACCACGUUUUUGCGAACAAAAUCUUCGAAGGACGCGUUGAUAACGAUGUAACCCUUGGAGAGGGCAAAUGUGUCAAGAGCGGUUUCGAGAAGAAUGUUCGAUUUCUUGGCGACAGUGAAGAAAACACAGUCCCUGUCCUACAAAUUGACACAAAAAAGUCGCCGUUCUAUCGUGGCCAGUCAGUAUUGAAUUUCAUUUACGAGCUAACCGGUCGAGAGGCCGAGGAGGCGUUGAGGGCGAAGCCUUUACGGCAGAAAGUUGCUCGAGAACUGCGCGAUCUUGUUGUGUCCACAACUCAUCAAGAAAAGAACUCGUGGUUCUAUAUCCAUGGUAUUGUGGAUAAUAGCGCUAGGAGCCAAACGUUUGAAACGGACGAAGGCGAAAUAUCGGUUGAGGAAUAUUUCAAACAACGAUAUAAGAUAAAACUGAAGCAUCCUCACCUCCCGCUGGCCACCGAACGUAAAGGUGGGAAGGGCUUCAGUUUCUAUCCACUGGAGGUGCUGUGUAUUGAAGUGGGUCAGCGUGUAGACAACAAGAAGCUCGCUGGUAAACUCACUGAUAAAAUGAUUCAACAAGCUCGUAUGCUGCCCCACCAAAUGCGUGAGCACAAUUUACGUCAAUUGCACCAAGCCAAUCUCAUUAAUAGCAGGAACGAAUAUAUGGCUGCAUUCGGGGUUCGCACGUCUGACAGUUUUGUGAAGAGCGAAGCGAAAGUGUUAUGUGCUCCAGAGAUCAAGUACAAGUCUGCCAGCAUACAACCUGAUAGAAGCGGAGCAUUGCAGUGGCGAAUAAGCCCGUCUGCGCAGUUUUAUCAACCAGCUACGGUCAAAAACGUGUCCUUGGUUAUCUUCGAUAGAGCUGUUUCAGAUGGCGAAGCUAGUGAAUUUUACCGUGCGUUAGCUAGAGCUGGACGAGAACGUGGAAUGGCGGUACAGGAAAAUAGCAUGAAAGUUGUCAAUUUAUCUUCCGAACUCGAUAGUGAAAUCGAGGAACAUUUCAGGCCAUGGUUAGUGAAAACGCUAGCUGUAUCAGUAUUGGUACUUUUUGGAUUGCCUGUGAAACGUUCAAUUAUAGAUUUCGUGAAGCUUCUUGAGGCAAGGCAUAAGGUGCUCACUCAACAUGUCUGCAGGCAAACUGCAUUGGCUUGCUCGAAUAGGGGAGGAGCAAAGACUCUCGAGAAUGUCCUGCUAAAGUUCAACGUCAAAAAUGGAGGGGUUAAUCACACAGUCUCCGCUGCCAGGGCAGCACUAGGUGGUGGAACCACUCAGCAGGACAUGAACGGACGAUUGUUCAACGGUAAAAUGUUCGUUGGGUUCGAACUUUCGCACGCAGCAGCGCAGAGUUUCUAUGAUCGUCAAGUAGCGGAGAAGGUGAAGGAACCGACUGUUGUUGGAUUCUCGUACUCCGUAGGACAACCUACCGACUAUAGCGGAUUUUGGUGGUAUCAAGAGCCGAGACUGCACACUAUUCUGUAUCUUCGAGAUCAUUUCCGCCGUGCUUUCCAAGAAUACCACAAGAAAAACAAGCGCCUUCCUAUAGAAGUUGUGGUGUACAGAUCGGGAACGAGUGAAGGAGAGUUCGCCGAGGUCGAAAAUGAGGCGAAUGAUAUCCGUGCCGUUGCUGAAAAAAUGACUGAACUGAAUAGUGGCAGACCGUACCGCCCAAAAAUAACUAUAAUCGUUGCACAAACUAACAGUAAUUAUAGAAUAAUGCCGGCUUCAAUGCCGCCUGCAAAUGGCGGUCGAAUGAGGGCUUCCGAUUACAACGUUCCCUCAGGAACUUGUGCAGACACUGGCAUUACUCAUCCACGUCUUCGGGAGUUUAUCAUGACGUCUCAGCAGGCUAACAUUGGCACUUCUCGCCCUACCCGGUACACAAUCGUUGUCGAAGAUAAGCCUCAAAUGUCGCUGACGGAUGCCGAACACAUCACACAUUUUCUUAGUCAUGGUCAUCAGCAAUCAACUUUACCUACACAUGUGCCUGCUGUACUUUAUGCCGCAGAAAAUUUAGCGAAGCGAGGUCGUGCUGCUUGGAAAACUAAGCUAGGAGAGAAUUCUGAUGGGGCGUCGUCUUCUGGGUCUGCUCCCCACUACACAUUGGCUGAUGGUGAGGACCAAGAUGGCUUCUACAAGAGAAUUAGUCGAGAGUUGAUGAACUCACUACCCAAUCAUUACUUUGCAUAA